GAUUCGUCUUCUGGUCGCACCGUUUUACAAAUGGCUGAUUGUUUUUCUAUCGUUUGAAAUAACAGUUAAAUGUUUCCGUGUCGUGUGUCAGCUUCUCUCCCGCUCACGAUCACUUCUCCCCGGGUUCCGGCGGACACACGGGGCCGGUAGAGUCCCGGUAGAGUCCCGGUGAGAGCCGGAGGUGUUCGGACCCGGAGCGGCGGCGGUGUGACCCGGUGCUACGUGUCCGGUGAGGGAGCGAAGAGCCCGACGCACCAACAUGGAUCCUCACGCACUCCGACGCUGAACUCUACAAGCUCGGGUUCACCGCUGCGGGGACGAACCGCUUCGUUAGUCAGGAGGUAGCACCGGGUCGGUCCGGACCAUGGAGCCGUGAGAACCGCUGGAGGUGACCGGAGAGGAAUCCCCCGAGCCCCGCGGAGCUGCUGUCGGUGUGUCGGUGUCCGAGGCACCGGGAGAAAUCAUGAUGUAUUCAUCCAGAAGGAAACCGGUGCUGUGGUUCAGAGAGGACAGGAGGUUCCUGUCGGGCAGAUGCACCGUCUACAAGCUGUUCGGCCUCUGCAUGCUGCUGGUGCUGGUGUCUCUGCUGUGGCUGCAGCUCAGCUGUUCAGGGGACAUGUCCCCCCCGAAGCAGGAGGACAGACACCUCGCCCAGCAGCAGCCGCCCUGCCCCGUGGACGGCCGGGCGUCUGCAGUGGACGACCUCUCCUGGGGUCCUCACAAGCUGGCCCUGAUCAUCCCCUUCAGAGAGCGCUUCGAGGAGCUGCUGGUGUUUGUUCCCUUCAUGCACACGUUCCUCAACAAGAAGAAGAUCCGCCACAAGUUCAUCAUCAUCAACCAGGUGGAUCACUACAGGUUCAACCGAGCGUCGCUCAUCAACGUGGGCUUCCUGGAGAGCGGGAACGACACGGACUACCUGGCGAUGCACGACGUGGACCUGCUGCCGCUGAACGACGCUCUGGACUACGGGUUCCCCGAGGGGGGGCCCUUCCACGUGGCCUCGCCCGAGCUGCACCCGCUGUACCACUACAAGACGUACGUGGGGGGGAUCCUGCUGCUCACCAAGAAGCACUACCACAUGUGUAACGGGAUGUCAAACCGGUUCUGGGGUUGGGGCAGAGAAGACGACGAGUUCUACAGGAGACUGAAGAAAGCUGAGCUGCAGCUGUUCAGACCCAGUGGAAUCACCACCGGAUAUAAAACCUUCCUCCACAUCCACGACCCGGCCUGGAGGAAGAGGGACCAGAAGAGGGUCGCUGCUCAGAAACAGGAGCAGUUCAAGGUGGACCCGGGGGGGGGGCUGACCAACCUGCGGUACCAGGUGGAGUCCAGACAGGAGCUGACCAUCAGCGGAGCGCCGUGCACCGUCCUCAGCACCAAGCUGGAGUGUGACCAGGACCAGACGCCGUGGUGCCUGCUGCUGUAGGCGAGCACGUGGCACAGCGGUGACGCGGGUUCGAGCCCCGACUGGAAACUUCUCCUGGUUUUAUUGUUUAACUGGGAUCCUGUUCUCCUGCUGAUCUGCAGCUGGAUUAUCUUCAGUGACACCAACAGACUUAUUGAACUUUGAUUCAUUUCCACAUUGAACUGAAACGAGCAGCUGAAGUUUAAUAAUCUGAGGAUCGAACCAACAACCUCUGACUUGUGUUUGAAUCCGUGAAGGACUCAAACAUCCUGAUGGCGACUUCCUGUCGGUCAAACUGCUCAAGAACCAGAGCAUUCAAACUUCUCACCAUGACCAUGAACAAACGCACUUCCUGUGUGACCUCAAACCUCAGCGGACGCAGACUGACUGUUACAUCGUGGCUGAUCUGAGUCAAGCUGGACGAGCAGGAUCCUGCUGGUACGACCUGAACCUAAAGUGUAUCUUCUUACUGUGGGUCUGUGCAGAGGAACCGACCUCCAGCCACAGACGUCUGUCCAGAUGUCCACCACAUCUGGACAGACUAGCAUCUCACUGUCACGUCACUGGGUUUGCUUUAGUGCUUUAGAUCAGAAGAUAGCAGUCAGAUGAAUCUUCAAUAUCAUAAUUAACCAAGUGUUUGCUCAUCAACAGUAUGAUCUAUUUAUAGACUCAGAAUUCACCAGAGGGAAAAAUUGACUUUACUUUACAAUCAGGAUUCUGUAUCAUAAUCAAAAGCUGGUAUUGAAUAGUUUCUAUUUCCCAUAAUUACAAGAGAUGAUGAGCUAUGAACUCAUAACUACCAGAGAACUCCUCACUGUUGCCAUGAUGGACUCUGAUGUUGUGUUUCAGUGAGAACCGACACUGAGACGUUCUGGUCCUGGUUCACAUGUUGUUCACACCAGCUUCAAUCAUUUGAUUAUUCUCAUAGUUCACAAAUUAAUGAUCCUAGAACCCCUGAAGUGGUUUAUUGAGAUGAAUCUCAGAGUUCUCUGUCUUCAGUCUGGUUCUUAGUUUAGUUUUUGUUCGGCGGCUGACACUGUCUUCUUCCCUGCUGUUGUCAUGUGCUGGUCGGCCUCCAGGGGGCGCCAUUGAGUUUAAAGACAAUGUAUUUAGAUGUCGUCAUUUACAGACCAUGAUGUCGUACAUAUUUUGUUUCACACAGAUGAUGGUGCCAUUUAUUUGUACAGUAUUCAGUAUUUAUAUACAAGAAAAACAAGAAGCAA